AUGUCACGCUUCAGUUUCGAUGCCUCUACUUCACGCCAUGAACCAUUAUGCUUGGAAAGCCCGAUUGACGUGAAACCCUUUUCUAGGAAUCGCGCACUCUCCAUUCGAUCCAACAAAUCCAAGGGCAACUCUGGUGCUGGUGCCGGAGCCAAGCGGGGUUUCUCCUUCAACUCACUCCGCGGCCAGGUCCAACCUGAGCUGUCCCGUAAGCUCUUCCGCCUCAUCAAAUCGGAGAAUAACCUCAUUGGCGCCCAUGAGACCGCCGGCCGUGAGCGGGUUUCCAUCGCGACUCAGUUAUCUGAAUGGGGUGAGCACACCGGAGAUGACAGUAUUAGUGAUAUCUCGGAUAAGGUGGGAGUUGUCCUAAGUGAAAUGGGCGAGCAGGAGGACGCAUAUGCUCAUGCUCUUGACGAUUCUCGCGCCUAUCUCAAGGCUAUUCGAAACACCGAGAAGAGCGUACAGCCCAGCCGCGAGAACAAGGAUAAGAUUGCCGACGAGAUCCAGAAGUUGAAGUUGAAGGAGCCUGGUAGCACAAGAUUGCCUGUCCUCGAGCAGGAAUUGGUGAGAGCUGAGGCUGAGAACCUUGUGGCGGAGGCUCAAUUGACCAACAUCACCCGACAAAAGCUCAAAGAAGCCUAUGCUGCCGAGUUCGCUGCCACCAUCGAACGUGCCGAAAAGCAGAUCAUACUAGCCAAACAUGGCCGCCGUCUGUUGGAGCUUCUCGACGAUUCGCCUGUGGUCCCUGGUGAUACACGAGUGCCUUAUCAACACUCCUCCCAGGCACGUCAAAUCCUCAACGAUGCUGAAGAUGACCUUCGAGACUGGCGACCCGAGGCCGAGGGCUUUUCUACUCCAGUUCAAAGCCGAUCGCCAACCCUUGAGGGAAAGGGAAAGGAGCCUCUGGCUGCGGGAGACAAUUUGUCCCCUGUCCAGUCUGAGGCAGCUACAGUUGAAUCCGAGACUUCUCCUUUGGAGCAACGGGGUACCAAGUCCUCCGUCUAUGCUGAGGUCGCUGGCUAAGUGGGCAAUUACAGGAUAGUGAAUAAGGAUGCCGAUUCUGGUUAUGGGCUUUUGUUUCGAUAAGCUUCGUUUUCUUGAGCAGGCGAGAAAGUUCACUUGCUGUCAUCGCAGUCUGUCUGGGUAUCAUCGAGGGAUCAGUCCCUAAGUUUAAUAUGUCUGGGGUACCGAGAGGGGUUCUUGAAGUGCUGUUUGUUUAUAUCCUUUGAUUAUUGCUUGGUUAGUCUCGUUAGUUGAAUCAGAAUGGGCGUGUCUAUCAAAA